AUGGUUCCGAAACCUCCGAGGCUGUUUGUGCAGCGCGCAACACCCGCAACAAGACAUUUUCCGAACCUUAGGCGCAUCCAGCCCGGCCUGCAAGCCCGACGAGGCGCUAUCCCCAAGGACCCGAACGAUGCGGACCGGAGGAGGAGCCUGCGCUCCAUGUAUCACGACAUGGGCGUCUUGGUGUACUCGGGCGUCAGCACGGAAAAGGUCAACAAGAUUGGAGACCUGCUGAAAGACGCCAUCAACCCGGGUCUGUGGCUCACUACCGCCCCGGGGGGCAACACCGACGCCCCGUUUGACAAGUUCACCGUGUACCGGCUGCAGACGGAGGAGUGGCAUAUCGACCAGUCUUUCAGGCCCAAGCGUGGAUCCAUCAAUAUCGAAGGACUGGUGGACUUGGCUCUCAAAGCGGUGCGGCAAUGGACAGGUCACAUCAUGGAAAAGGCCAAGGACGUAGAGUCGUUGAAGGACUCUUUUACGCUUACAGAAGCAAGCUUGAGAAUAACCGACGAUUUUGCCAAUCGUGGCGGUGUCCUCAUUUACACAGCCAACGGAUCCCGACGUCUCCCCGUCGAUGCAUACGUCCUCGCGGCAGGAGGUAACAGGUUCUCACUCAAGGUGAACCUCGUCGCCGUCGGCACGAGGAAAUUCCUCGGGACGGUACACAUUAGUAUUCUGCCAUUCAGGACGAAAAAUGGCCGGAUCGGCGGCGGGACGACGUGGGAGACGCAGGUGCGAGACAUAUUCAACCUCGCCCCGAACGACUAUUCCCCUAAUCUUGCGCUACUACGAGAGACAACGGACAGCUUUUACGAGCUGGAGCGUGAGGUUUGGCACAAUAUCUACGUGAAGGAGGCUGAGGCCAAAGCAAGGGAGCAGGUCGCCGCCAAAGCCAAAGAGGAUGCAGAGGCCAAGGCCAAGAUAGAGGAAGAGGCCAGGGCCCGAGUGGAGGGAGAAGCCGAGUCUCAAUCUAAAACGCCAGAAGAGAUUGAUUCUCAGCCAGAGCAAGACAGUGCUGAGCCUUCCACCAAAAGUUGA